UUCCCGGCCUCGAACCAGGCCCCAUGAGGAGCGGGAGGGGGGGGGGGGGACAGACGUCGUCACGUUCCCAUCCGGCAACGCUGUUAACGGCCGCACGUUAACCCUGUUGCGGAAUCUCGAUACGGUAUGCGUCCAGCCCAUAUUCACCAUCUGGACGCUAUCACCUGCCGCUUCCCGUGUCUGGCUGCCUCCCUUGCAUAUCUUCUAUCUCUUCACUCACUUGACCCCCAUUCACCCCGCCGCCCGCUCACCUUGCCGAACAUUUCUCACACGCUCCCCCGCCCGCCGGUGGGAACGGGCUAACCGGCGGGUGCAUAAAUAGAAGGCCUCGUCGCCUUGUGUGCACUCGGCCCCACAUCUGGGCGCCUUCAUGCUGACGAGGAGCAACUCGAGAUCUCUCGAUCGUCUGCGGGAGGGACCUUUCUCGGACCAAAUAAAAAACACCAACCCAAAGCGCACAUAGCAUUCUAGGAUGGGACGUUGUUCGACCAUGACUUCCGAUCAAGAAGGGCCGUUAGCAACCGCCGCUGCGCCGCCGCCGCUGCCGCCGCCGCCGCCGCUGUCGCACGACGAAGCGGAAGAGGCGGGGGGCCGGUUCCGCGUCGUCAUCGUCGGCGGCGGGCCGGCGGGCCUGCUGAUGGCCCACAUGCUGGAGCGCGCCGGGGUGGACUGGGUGGUGCUGGAGCGGCGACCGUCGGGCGGCGUCCUCGAGGGCGCGGCGCUGGCCCUCUGGCCGAGCAGCAGCCGCGUCCUGGACCAGCUGGGCCUGCUGGCCGACGUCGAGGCCAUGCACAUGCCCCUGCGCGACAAGUACAACAUCCGCCGCGACGGCAGCCUCGUCGCCAAGAGCAACAUGAUGGAGCGGAUAGGGCACAAUCACGGGUACGCCUUCACAUUUGUAGACCGGCAGAAGCUCGUCGACCUUCUACGCCGCCGACUGCCGGGCCAGGAGCGGGUGCUGGGCAACAAGGCCGUGGUGGCCAUCGAGUCGACCGCCACGGGCGUGAACGUCAGCUGCGCCGACGGCUCCUCGGUGCGCGGCGCCAUCGUCGUCGGAUGCGACGGCGUGCGCAGCGUGGUGCGGCGGCUCAUGGCGGACCCAGCCACGUUCCCGGGGCAGCAGCCGGACAAGCGGUGGAAGGGCCGCGACAGGGCGGCGGGCAAGGGAGGGCGGGACGAUGGCGUCAUGAAGGCCGACUACAUGGGCCUGGUCGGACACUGCCCCCGGCCCAAGGACGUGCCGCCCGAGACGGUGUGGGAGGAGCGCGAGACGGGGCUCUCGGUCACCAUCAUGGCCGGGCCGGACGACUUGUACUUCUUCGUGUACAAGAACCGCCGGGAUUGGCUCGCACAAAAGCAGGCGGCCGAGGCUGCCGAUGGGAAAAAGCGAGGGGCGGCAGUGGAGGCAGGGGGCGAUAGCAACGACGACUCCGACGACAGCAGCAAUAGCACCAGUAGUGGCAAUAAGGGCUGGGGUGUCUACACGAUCGAGGACGCCGAAACUCUCGCGGCCGAGGUGGCGGACCGGCCGGUGGUGGCGGGCGGGGCGGUGACGUUUGGCGACGUGUGGGCAGCGCGGACGCGGGCGUCGAUGCUGGAUUUUGAGGAGGGCAUGGCACCGCACUGGCACCGCGGGCGGCUGGUGCUGGCGUCGGACGCGGCCGUCAAGAUGAUGCCCAACGCGGCCUUUGGGCUCAACACGGGCAUCCAGGGCAUGGUGGAGCUGACGAACCGGCUGCGCGGGCUGCUUCUACAGCACCAGGGCGGGGUGGCGGCGGCGGCGGCGGCGGACCCGGACGAAACGCGCCUGGCGGUAGAGGUGUUUGCGCCCUACGAGAAGGCUCGGCGCGCGACCGCCGAGUUCGUGUCCAACUUCUCGUGGGGCUACACGCGGACGGUCACGUGGGCCAACCUGAUGUGGCGGCUCGUGGACGCGCUGGGCCCUUACCUGGGCGGAGACGCCGGGAUGCUCGACAGGCUGGUGGCGCCCGUGAUCAGGGAGUCCAUCGUGCUGGACUUUGCGGGCGAGUCGGACCACCGCGUCGGCAAGAUCCCGUGGCAGGUCGGCAGGGUCGUGGGGCCGACGGCGACGGGGGCGUGACACGUCUUGGCAGCUCUAGACAUUUGGCGGGUAUCAAGCCUUCCCCUGAAAAAAAAAAAAAAAAAAGGGGUAGGGUGCCAGAAAGUCCAUGGUUGAGCCGUGGAUGCGGCGAUGAGAGUCUGGAUUUUCGUCGACGAGUAUCACGUACUGUUCUAGCCUCCGUUGUGGCUGUACGUUGCUCUGUUAUGAUUCGAUAAUUAGGAAGUAUCUGUGCUUUGGAGGCAAUGGACUAAGCACACCUGUAUUGUCAACCAAGACCAUGCACCCUCCCAAGACAAUCGACAGCCGUGUGGAGACUGGGGCCAGCCGGGCGGGGCUGACCACCCCAUCCCCCAUGAUCCUGCCAAUCGCUUAAGCGGGCUGGCCAUCGUGCGGAAACGUGAGAAGCCGACAGGUGCUUUUUGCAGCAGGAAAGGGAGUCAUCAAGAGUCAUCCAUGUCGCA